AUGCUCCGCGGUCACCGGCGGUCGAACGCAGAUGAGAGGAAUUUUUCCCGUGAACAACCACUGCUCAGUUCAGCUGGUGUCCAGACUUGGGUCGGCAGGAGUGCCGCCUCCAAUCGUUCUCCUACCGCUCGCCCGUCAGUCUGAGCGCCCCCAGCCCUCACGCGAGGGCGCCCCGGGACGGAAGGAUCCACCAGCCUGUCGGCGCCCGCCGCUCUCGUGGUCGCCGUCGCGGUCGUCGUCGUGGUAGUCUCUGCCGUCGCCUGGGCCAUGGCCAAUUACAUACACGUCCCUCCCGGCUCCCCGGAGGUCCCCAAGCUGGACGUCACGGUUCAGGAUCAGGAGGAGCAGCGCUGCCGGGAGGGGGCCCUGCGACUCCUGCAACACCUGCGGCCGCACUGGGACCCUCAGGAGGUGACCCUGCAGCUUUUCACAGAUGGAAUCACAAAUAAACUUAUUGGCUGUUAUGUGGGUAAUACAAUGGAAGAUGUAGUCCUGGUGCGAAUUUAUGGCAAUAAGACUGAGUUGUUAGUCGAUCGAGAUGAGGAAGUGAAGAGUUUCCGAGUGUUACAGGCUCAUGGCUGUGCGCCACAACUCUACUGUACCUUCAAUAAUGGACUGUGCUAUGAAUUUAUACAGGGAGAAGCGUUGGAUCCAAAGCAUGUCUGCAACCCUGCCAUUUUCAGGCUAAUAGCACGUCAGCUUGCUAAAAUCCAUGCUAUCCAUGCACAUAAUGGCUGGAUUCCCAAAUCUAAUCUUUGGCUAAAGAUGGGAAAAUAUUUCUCUCUCAUUCCUACAGGAUUUGCAGAUGAAGACCUUAAUAAAAGGUUCCUAAGUGAUAUACCAAGCUCUCAGAUUCUUCAGGAAGAGAUGACUUGGAUGAAGGAGAUUCUUUCCAACCUGGGCUCACCUGUUGUGCUUUGCCAUAAUGACCUAUUGUGUAAGAAUAUAAUCUACAAUGAGAAACAAGGUGAUGUACAGUUCAUUGAUUAUGAAUAUUCUGGAUACAACUACCUGGCAUAUGAUAUCGGAAAUCAUUUCAAUGAAUUUGCAGGUGUGAGUGAUGUAGACUAUAGUCUCUAUCCAGAUAGAGAGCUUCAGGGCCAGUGGCUGCGUUCCUACCUUGAAGCCUACAAAGAAUUUAAGGGCUUUGGGACUGAAGUUACUGAAAAGGAGGUAGAAAUACUCUUCAUUCAAGUCAAUCAGUUUGCGUUGGCUUCUCAUUUCUUUUGGGGACUGUGGGCUUUGAUUCAAGCCAAAUACUCCACUAUUGAGUUUGAUUUCCUUGGGUAUGCAGUUGUUCGUUUUAACCAAUAUUUUAAAAUGAAGCCUGAGGUUACUGCAUUAAAAAUACCUGAAUAAAGAAGAGAUUUAAUUAUUCUCAAGUAGCUGAACAAUGCUUGCAAAUCUUUUCUUAAGAAAUUCAGAAAAGCCAAUACUUGUUAAAAUUCUGUUAUUUAAUUUGGUUAUCUUGCUUUAUAAAUUAUGCCUCUAAACAACCAUAGUCUAUUUUUUAAAUAGACUGAAUGAUGUAAAAAAAUAUACCUACUGCUGUCAGUAUGUGAUGGAUUAGAAAUUUGUUAAAUCUGCAAAAAAGUAUAAAGAUGUCAGUUUAAUCUUUGAUAAUUUAAUCUGUUAUAUGUGAAUUAUUUAUUAUAGUUGUAACAUGAUUCUGUGACUGCUUUCAUCUAUUUCAUCUUUUUAAAUGUAAUCAAUGAAAAUGGUCCAGAGAAAAAAUUUUUUUGUUUUGCUUUAGUAAGAUUAAUUUUAGUAAACAUUCUAGGUGUUCAGUGUAACCUUUUUAUCCUGAUGCACUGCAGUAAAAUGGAUCAUUCACUCUUGAAAUGCCAGACACUGAUCUAGAUAACUUAGGAUGUUCAUUGAAAAAUACCUGUUUAGGAAGGUGAAAUAUUAAUAAAUUCACUGUGCUAGUGGUACAUCUUAUUGAAUUGAAUAUUGGAAAGUUUCUUUUUUGGGGAAUAUAUCUUAGAAUUAAAUUCCCCUCUCCCUAUAUAGUCUGGCAGUAUACAUAUUAAUAUUUAAUGUAUAAUCCAGGAAUAGAUAUGAAUGAUUUUGUUACCAAAAUCUGUAUUCAGUAAUGUUCUCAUAUACUAAA